GGAGUCGAAAUACCAGCUCUUCUAGAUACUGGGUCUCAAGUGACUACGAUUCAACUUGCAGAGUUUCAACGGCAUUGGGAUGAAAGCGAGAUUGUGACGCCACCAAACACAUGGCUCCAGCUAUUGGCUAGCAACGGAGAGCAGAUAAAGUUCUGUGGCUACUGGGAGGCCAACUUAAUGAUCGGCAAGGCUAGCCUAAAGCAGCAAGGGUGUCUGGUGACCACAGCGAAUAGUGGACACCUACCUCCCAUCAUACUCGGAAUGAAUGUCCUAAAGAAUUGUCCCGAUGAGUUGGUGGAGGCUCUCCGGUUCGAGAUGCGAUCUGCAGCCCCGCAGGAACGGAAGACGUUGCAGCAGACAGUACGGCUGCUUGAGGGUCAGAAGAGGUUCGUUAAUGCCAGGGGAGAAGUGGGCAAGGCCAGAGUAGCUGAUCAUCGACCUGUAAUUCUCCUACCCAAUUCUGAACAUGUCGUGUGGUGCAAGGCAAGGAUCGGCCCAGGUGGGCAGGACUACGAGGCAAUGAUCGAAUCCUGCGAUACAGAUGGACAACAACAAUUUGCGGUGGCGAGGACCUUAGCAAAGGUGGAACAUGGAAGAGUUCCAGUCUGUGUCUUGAACCCACACAGUUUUCCUAUUCAGCUGUUCAAGCAUUGCCCGGUGGCUAAAGUGAUUCAAGUGGAUUUUCAGGACGUGAUGGAGACAAGUGUGCCGGUGGUCCAGCAGAGGGGUAUGACAGGGCACAAGGCUACUGAAGAUGAAACCCCAUGGUGGGAGGAGAUCCGAAUUGGCGAUUCUGACACCCCUGAGGAAAGACGCCAGGGAGUGCUUCAGGUGGUAAAGAAGAAUGCCCAGGCCUUCAGUCAGUACCCAUCCGACUUCGGAAAAGCAGAGAGUGUGUACCACCACAUCCACACCGGGAGCAGUCCUCCCAUCAAGGAACGGCACAGACCAUUGCCACCAGCUAUGUACCAACCUGUACGCAACAUGAUCUCCGAGAUGAAGGAUGCGGGUGUGAUUCAUGAAAGCCACAGCCCAUGGGCCGCCCCUCUGGUGAUAGUGAAGAAAAAGGAUGGCAGUUUGCGCUUUUGUGUGGACUACCGGAAGUUGAAUGCAGUGACUCACAAGGACGCCUAUCCGCUACCGAGAAUUGAAGAAUCUCUGACGGCGUUGAAGACAGCGACGUACUUCUCCACUCUUGACCUCACAAGUGGGUACUGGCAGAUCCCGAUGGCUGUGGAGGACAGGGAGAAGACUGCGUUUACAACGCCGAUGGGUCUCUUCGAGUUCGACAGGAUGCCAUUUGGACUCUGCAAUGCCCCAGCCACCUUCCAGAGAGUCAUGGAGCACUGUUUGGGACACAGGAACUUUGAGAUGGUCCUGCUUUACCUGGAUGACGUCAUCAUCUACUCCAGGAGCUAUGAGGAGCACCUCCAGCACUUGGAUGAGGUGUUUGCCCAGUUGACCAAAUGCGGGCUGAAGUUAAAGCCAUCGAAGUGUCAUCUAUUGAAGCCGAAAGUGCAAUACCUCGGGCACAUCGUCAGUGCUGAGGGUGUGAAGCCAGAACCAGAGAAGAUCCGUGUUGUGAGAGAUUGGCCUGUACCGAGGACAGUGAAGGAUGUCCGAAGCUUCUUGGGCUUUGUUGGAUACUACAGGCGCUUCAUUGAAAACUUUGCAAAAGUGGCUACCCCAUUAAAUGAGCUGCUACGAGGCAAGUCAGGUCAAGAGCAGAGAAGUGCGUCCAGAGUCAAGUGGACAGAGGCACAACAGACCUCCUUUGAUCAGCUGAAGGCAUCAUUGAUUGAGGCACCGCUAUUAGCCUAUCCAGACUACGGGAGGCCUUUCAAGCUGUAUACCGAUGCCAGUCACCGUGGACUAGGAGCUGUACUAUCCCAGGAGCAAGAUGGCCGAGAGAGAGUCAUUGCAUACGCCAGCCGAGGCCUGAAGACGACCGAACGGAAUUGUGAGAAUUACUCGGCCUUCAAGUUGGAGCUUCUUGCCCUUGUCUGGGCCGUAACCGAGAAAUUCAAAAACUACUUGGCCGCCACACCUUUCGAGAUUGUGACAGACAAUAACCCAUUGGCACACUUGUCUACAGCACGCCUGCCGGCUCAGGAACAGCGGUGGAUGUCCCGUCUCGCUGGGUUUCGCUACACGGUAGUCUACCGGAGUGGAAAAUCUAACGGAAAUGCCGACGCCUUGUCCCGCCUGCCCACUGAUGACAUAGCUGAAGAGGAGAAGGAUUGGUCGGAAGAUGUAGAGACCCCAACUUUCAAGCCACAAAGGAGGAGAUACUGCAUCGUCACUUCUGACCCUGUUGCCGCCACAUCUGAUGCGAGUCCUGAUAGCCUGCCCUGUGACAACUUAGGGUUCGAUUGGGUGAAAGUGCAACACGAGAGUCCAGUGAUGCAAGAGUUGAUGGGCCACCUUUGUCGCAAGAGUCAACUGACCCAGACCCAGAGAGCCGUUGCCGAUCCCGAGUUGGUCAAACUGCUACGACACCGAGACCGUCUCAGCAUCAAGCAUGGACUAUUGGUUCGAACCAGUACCGAUCCCAGUACGAACCAGACCAUCGUACAAACCGUGGUGCCCAGACAACAAGCCCACUUCCUGCUGACCGCUUAUCACAAUCAGUCCGGUCACUUUGGCACCCAGAAAACGGAAGCUACCUUGAGGAGGAGGUAUUUCUGGGUCGGCAUGAGAGAGGAUAUCGGGCAGUGGUGCCGUGAUUGCGUGGCCUGCAACCUGAAGAGGAGGCCCGAAGCCAGCCAAAAGGAUCCCCUGCAUCCCAUCAAAAGCCAUCGGCCGUUGGAGCUUGUGGCCCUGGACCAUGUAAAACUCGAACCCAGUCCCAGUGGGUACCAGUAUGCCUUAACAAUGACUGAUUACUAUAGCAAGUUCCUGGUCGUUGCCCCUGUUCGUGACUUGACUGCUAAAACCACCGCAGAAGUAUUCCUCAAGAACUUUGCAAGGCCCUAUGGGUACCCCGAUCGGAUCUUAACUGACCAAGGCCCAGCAUUUGAGUCACAGCUGUUUCAGGAGUUGUGCACCCUAUAUGGAUGUCGGAAGCUGAGGACGACGGCCUAUCACCCUCAGUGUAAUGGACUGUGUGAGAGGGCAAAUCAGACGGUCAUCAACAUGCUGCGAAGCCUAUCUGCUGAGAAACGCUCACAAUGGCCAACACUGCUACCUGAAUUGGCCUACCUGUACAACAAUACUGAGCAUUGUUCCACUGGCUUCACCCCUUACUACCUUAUGUUUGGACGUCAAGGAAAGCUUCCGAAGGACCUCGAGUUGACUCCUGUAGUGACUGAGCCAAUGAUUCCACAGAAUGAUUGGGUGCGGGAGCACCAACACCGUAUUGAAUCCGCACGAGAAAUAGUUAAUCAGCGCAUGGAAGCAGCACAUCACCGUCAAGAGAUGGGCUAUAACAGCAAUAUCCAUGCUACACCCCUGCAACUCGGAGAUUGUGUAUGGAAAAAGAAAAAUCACCGUUCGAGUAAGCUUGAUGCCAUGUGGGAGGAUACCCCGUACAUUGUGGUGGGAGUCCCCACUGAUGGCCUGUAUGCCUACAGAAUUCAAAAAGGAAAAGAAGGUCCCAUCAGCACAGUACCUCGUGAUCAGAUUAAAAGAUGUAGCACCAAGGUGUGUGAAUCCAAGCGAGAGGAUGUACCUGUGGCAGAGGAAUGCGGACCUUCAAUGGGUGCCCCACUACAUGACCCCAUAGAGCUACCUCUCUUCAUGUGUGGCUCAGUUCCUUCAGGCCCGUCAGGGGUCAUCACCCUAGAACAGCCAGUACCCAGGCCUGUUGAUAAUCCAAGUGGUCCCAGUCAUGCUGUUGAGCAAUCUUUCAGUGAUGUACCUGACCCUGCAGUCAGAAGAGACUUCAGAGAUAAUAUGCGGACCUUGUUUCAACUAUACCCACUGAGUGAAGCGCAGCAGGUGGCGAUACUGAUUGCCCAACUGAAGGGAUCCGCUCUGGGUGAGGUGAAAUCCUGGGAGAACGACCAGAGAGCAACUGUCGAGGGCAUAUUGGAAAAAUUGAGGACCACCUUCGACUCACGGACAGUUACCGAGCUCAAAGAACUACUAUAUGCCCGGAAACAGAAGCCUCACGAGUCAUUGAGGGACUUCACUCUGGGGCUGCAUGAGGCGAUGCAAGCUGUGAUAGCUCUGGACCCAAAUGAAGGACUGCAAAAAGAUAAGAUCCUUAGCGACCUUUUUAUUAAGGGAGCAAGAGGAGAAGCCACUCGCGCACAGCUGAAGCUGUGGAAGGGGCAGAAUGUUGGGUGCACUUUUGCCAAAUUUAAAGAGACAAUGAUGGAUGCUCUCGGAGGGGACCGGGUGAGACCAGGAGGUGACUUCUCGUCGAACUGUCUGACCGAUGAAGAGCAUGAGGAUGUCCCGCAGCCCAUACGAUGUAUACCUCAGACCACCAAGGGCACUGUUACCCAGCAGUCCCGAUCCGCCCUUGCCCAAGAUGAGGGCCUGGUCAACGCACUGGCAGAGAUACGACAGGAGUUUCAACGGCAUUGGGAUGAAAGCGAGAUUGUGACGCCACCAAACACAUGGCUCCAGCUAUUGGCUAGCAACGGAGAGCAGAUAAAGUUCUGUGGCUACUGGGAGGCCAACUUAAUGAUCGGCAAGGCUAGCCUAAAGCAGCAAGGGUGUCUGGUGACCACAGCGAAUAGUGGACACCUACCUCCCAUCAUACUCGGAAUGAAUGUCCUAAAGAAUUGUCCCGAUGAGUUGGUGGAGGCUCUCCGGUUCGAGAUGCGAUCUGCAGCCCCGCAGGAACGGAAGACGUUGCAGCAGACAGUACGGCUGCUUGAGGGUCAGAAGAGGUUCGUUAAUGCCAGGGGAGAAGUGGGCAAGGCCAGAGUAGCUGAUCAUCGACCUGUAAUUCUCCUACCCAAUUCUGAACAUGUCGUGUGGUGCAAGGCAAGGAUCGGCCCAGGUGGGCAGGACUACGAGGCAAUGAUCGAAUCCUGCGAUACAGAUGGACAACAACAAUUUGCGGUGGCGAGGACCUUAGCAAAGGUGGAACAUGGAAGAGUUCCAGUCCGUGUCUUGAACCCACACAGUUUUCCUAUUCAGCUGUUCAAGCAUUGCCCGGUGGCUAAAGUGAUUCAAGUGGAUUUUCAGGACGUGAUGGAGACAAGUGUGCCGGUGGUCCAGCAGAGGGGUAUGACAGGGCACAAGGCUACUGAAGAUGAAACCCCAUGGUGGGAGGAGAUCCGAAUUGGCGAUUCUGACACCCCUGAGGAAAGACGCCAGGGAGUGCUUCAGGUGGUAAAGAAGAAUGCCCAGGCCUUCAGUCAGUACCCAUCCGACUUCGGAAAAGCAGAGAGUGUGUACCACCACAUCCACACCGGGAGCAGUCCUCCCAUCAAGGAACGGCACAGACCAUUGCCACCAGCUAUGUACCAACCUGUACGCAACAUGAUCUCCGAGAUGAAGGAUGCGGGUGUGAUUCAUGAAAGCCACAGCCCAUGGGCCGCCCCUCUGGUGAUAGUGAAGAAAAAGGAUGGCAGUUUGCGCUUUUGUGUGGACUACCGGAAGUUGAAUGCAGUGACUCACAAGGACGCCUAUCCGCUACCGAGAAUUGAAGAAUCUCUGACGGCGUUGAAGACAGCGACGUACUUCUCCACUCUUGACCUCACAAGUGGGUACUGGCAGAUCCCGAUGGCUGUGGAGGACAGGGAGAAGACUGCGUUUACAACGCCGAUGGGUCUCUUCGAGUUCGACAGGAUGCCAUUUGGACUCUGCAAUGCCCCAGCCACCUUCCAGAGAGUCAUGGAGCACUGUUUGGGACACAGGAACUUUGAGAUGGUCCUGCUUUACCUGGAUGACGUCAUCAUCUACUCCAGGAGCUAUGAGGAGCACCUCCAGCACUUGGAUGAGGUGUUUGCCCAGUUGACCAAAUGCGGGCUGAAGUUAAAGCCAUCGAAGUGUCAUCUAUUGAAGCCGAAAGUGCAAUACCUCGGGCACAUCGUCAGUGCUGAGGGUGUGAAGCCAGAACCAGAGAAGAUCCGUGUUGUGAGAGAUUGGCCUGUACCGAGGACAGUGAAGGAUGUCCGAAGCUUCUUGGGCUUUGUUGGAUACUACAGGCGCUUCAUUGAAAACUUUGCAAAAGUGGCUACCCCAUUAAAUGAGCUGCUACGAGGCAAGUCAGGUCAAGAGCAGAGAAGUGCGUCCAGAGUCAAGUGGACAGAGGCACAACAGACCUCCUUUGAUCAGCUGAAGGCAUCAUUGAUUGAGGCACCGCUAUUAGCCUAUCCAGACUACGGGAGGCCUUUCAAGCUGUAUACCGAUGCCAGUCACCGUGGACUAGGAGCUGUACUAUCCCAGGAGCAAGAUGGCCGAGAGAGAGUCAUUGCAUACGCCAGCCGAGGCCUGAAGACGACCGAACGGAAUUGUGAGAAUUACUCGGCCUUCAAGUUGGAGCUUCUUGCCCUUGUCUGGGCCGUAACCGAGAAAUUCAAAAACUACUUGGCCGCCACACCUUUCGAGAUUGUGACAGACAAUAACCCAUUGGCACACUUGUCUACAGCACGCCUGCCGGCUCUGGAACAGCGGUGGAUGUCCCGUCUCGCUGGGUUUCGCUACACGGUAGUCUACCGGAGUGGAAAAUCUAACGGAAAUGCCGACGCCUUGUCCCGCCUGCCCACUGAUGACAUAGCUGAAGAGGAGAAGGAUUGGUCGGAAGAUGUAGAGACCCCAACUUUCAAGCCACAAAGGAGGAGAUACUGCAUCGUCACUUCUGACCCUGUUGCCGCCACAUCUGAUGCGAGUCCUGAUAGCCUGCCCUGUGACAACUUAGGGUUCGAUUGGGUGAAAGUGCAACGCGAGAGUCCAGUGAUGCAAGAGUUGAUGGGCCACCUUUGUCGCAAGAGUCAACUGACCCAGACCCAGAGAGCCGUUGCCGAUCCCGAGUUGGUCAAACUGCUACGACACCGAGACCGUCUCAGCAUCAAGCAUGGACUAUUGGUUCGAACCAGUACCGAUCCCAGUACGAACCAGACCAUCGUACAAACCGUGGUGCCCAGACAACAAGCCCACUUCCUGCUGACCGCUUAUCACAAUCAGUCCGGUCACUUUGGCACCCAGAAAACGGAAGCUACCUUGAGGAGGAGGUAUUUCUGGGUCGGCAUGAGAGAGGAUAUCGGGCAGUGGUGCCGUGAUUGCGUGGCCUGCAACCUGAAGAGGAGGCCCGAAGCCAGCCAAAAGGAUCCCCUGCAUCCCAUCAAAAGCCAUCGGCCGUUGGAGCUUGUGGCCCUGGACCAUGUAAAACUCGAACCCAGUCCCAGUGGGUACCAGUAUGCCUUAACAAUGACUGAUUACUAUAGCAAGUUCCUGGUCGUUGCCCCUGUUCGUGACUUGACUGCUAAAACCACCGCAGAAGUAUUCCUCAAGAACUUUGCAAGGCCCUAUGGGUACCCCGAUCGGAUCUUAACUGACCAAGGCCCAGCAUUUGAGUCACAGCUGUUUCAGGAGUUGUGCACCCUAUAUGGAUGUCGGAAGCUGAGGACGACGGCCUAUCACCCUCAGUGUAAUGGACUGUGUGAGAGGGCAAAUCAGACGGUCAUCAACAUGCUGCGAAGCCUAUCUGCUGAGAAACGCUCACAAUGGCCAACACUGCUACCUGAAUUGGCCUACCUGUACAACAAUACUGAGCAUUGUUCCACUGGCUUCACCCCUUACUACCUUAUGUUUGGACGUCAAGGAAAGCUUCCGAAGGACCUCGAGUUGACUCCUGUAGUGACUGAGCCAAUGAUUCCACAGAAUGAUUGGGUGCGGGAGCACCAACACCGUAUUGAAUCCGCACGAGAAAUAGUUAAUCAGCGCAUGGAAGCAGCACAUCACCGUCAAGAGAUGGGCUAUAACAGCAAUAUCCAUGCUACACCCCUGCAACUCGGAGAUUGUGUAUGGAAAAAGAAAAAUCACCGUUCGAGUAAGCUUGAUGCCAUGUGGGAGGAUACCCCGUACAUUGUGGUGGGAGUCCCCACUGAUGGCCUGUAUGCCUACAGAAUUCAAAAAGUAAAAGAAGGUCCCAUCAGCACAGUACCUCGUGAUCAGAUUAAAAGAUGUAGCACCAAGGUGUGUGAAUCCAAGCGAGAGGAUGUACCUGUGGCAGAGGAAUGCGGACCUUCAAUGGGUGCCCCACUACAUGACCCCAUAGAGCUACUUCUCUUCAUGUGUGGCUCAGUUCCUUCAGGCCCGUCAGGGGUCAUCACCCUAGAACAGCCAGUACCCAGGCCUGUUGAUAAUCCAAGUGGUCCCAGUCAUGCUGUUGAGCAAUCUUUCAGUGAUGUACCUGACCCUGCAGUCAGAAGGUCAGAAAGAAGCACCCAAGGUGUCUUGCCCCUAAGGUAUAGGGAAUAAAUGUGUAUGUGUUCACUGUAUACAUACUUACCUGUGAUUGUAAAAAUUGCAUUCUUGAUGUACUUUGUAUUCAUGCCAAUUGAACUCUUAAGUAAUGCAUGAAGGACUACUUAACAAAGUGUUUGGACAUCCAAUUUUAAAGUUAGAUGUUGUGUAUGUUGCUAUGAGAAAGACUGUCAGGACAUUGUACAUAAAUGAUGCUUUUGCGUGAGGACACGCAACCUUCAAGUGGGGGAAUAUGUGGCACUAUCCUGUGGUGUUCCCACUACAGUACAGGCCCAUGCCUAGCAACGCAGCACUGCAUAGGUUAACUAUC